AUGACCUCAACGCUAUCCGCCGUCGUCCAAGAACCUACAACCACGGAUGACUGUUUCUCGUUUCUCGUUCACUGGUUCGACGCCUGGAGGUGGAGUAAAGACGAGGACGAGAUGAAUGCCUUCAUCGUCUGCGCCGUCCGUUGGCUUUCGCGGUGCGAUGUUACGACCGCGCCUCUGGAGAUCAUCGACAUCAUCAUCGACAGUAUAUCCAGAGUCUCUAACGCGAUAGAGCGGCGCAACAUCCACGAUUCUGGUGAUUGCGAGGACGAGGAGUGA